ACCGCUCCUCAACAAGAAGAAGAACUGUUUCCUCUUUCCUCUUUCCUCUUUCCUCUUUUCGCUGUCUACUUUUAACUCUCUGUCACUUCCAAACCCCACUAAUCCAACCAAUAUCACUUUCUCAUAUAGAUUCCUUCACCUCACGUUCUAUCCCAGAAACUCUCCUCUCCUUCUUGGCACCAAUCAAUACGUUCCAGUUCAAUUGAAAAACCCUAGCUUUCACUUUGUGUAUAUCAGCAAUCCCCAGUUUGAGGUAAGAUUUUCUAGCUGUAGACUACAGUUUUUGGUGUUUUCUUGAUCUGGGUUGCUUUCAAUUUUGGGGCUUUCGUUGGAUGCAAUACAAUUAUGUAAGUGGUAGGAUUGCAGUUUUGUUUGUAGAAAAGAUUGGUUGUUUUUGGUUGAAAUCGGUGUUUUUGUAAUCCAUGAUGACAACCAAAAGAAAGAAAUGGACUGAGGCUGAAGAGAAAACCCUAAUUGACAAGUAUGGUGAGAUGAUAGCUGAUGGGUCUCUCGCCAAAAUGAAAACCCGCGAGAAAAAGUAUUGGCCCAUUGCUCGUCAUGUGAAUUCUGUGCACUAUGAUCGGGAUCGUAUUGCAUACCCUUGGCAAUGGACCUGGAAAGAUGUGUCCACUAAGGUGCAGAACAUGAGGCACCAGUACUCUCUUGUUAAGCAGAAGAUUAAGAAAUCUGAUCUGUCUGUUGAGAAUUCAGGUGAGGUAGAUGAGUUUGAUUGGAUGGAGGGUAUUACGCAUUGGUCAAAUUUUUUGAGGUAUAAGGAGGUCUUCGGGGAUGUGGCCGUUUCAUAUAGUAAUAGUAAUAGUAACAAUAGUAAUAAUGGGAGUGAUUUGAUGCUGGUGUCAAAUGAGGAUAGGGAAAAUGGAGGUGGAUUUAUUGGAGGAGCUAGGGGGAUGGAGAUUGUGGAAUUUGGACAAAUAGGUCACUCCGGAGAUGGGGAUUUUGCAGGCAUUGAUGGGGGAGAAAAUGGGGUUCUGAGUUUGGGGUUUGAGUAUGAAGGUGAAGAAGGGGAGGAAAACUAUAAUGGCCAUCAUCGUGUGAGGGAGGAGGCAGAUGAUGGUUUUGCAUAUGAAGAACCAGAGCCAAACGGGCAUAAUUUGAAGAAGAAAAGGAAAGUGUUGAAGGGGUUGGAUAAGAGGGCAUUUAGGUUUCUUGUGAACCAGUUGGGGCAGUUAAGAGAAUUGGGAGCUCGGUUUGAUCAACACGAGGUUGAGAGACAGUGUGAGAGGCAGAGAAGGGACAAUCUGCAGAUUGAGCUUGAGAAAGAAUGGGAAAGAAAGUUGGAAGAGAGAGAAAAGGAGAGGGCAGAAAAAGAAAAUGCUAGAGAGAAACUUCGUAGGCAGAUAAUUCAAGAGUGGGAGGCUGCGGAGAAGGAAAGUGAGGAGAGGGAAAGAAGAAGAAGAGAGGAGGAGCUGAUUCAAGAGAGAGAAUGGGAGGAGAGGAUGAAUAGGAGAAGGUCAGAUUGGAAGAAGAGGAUUGAUGAAAUGUUGAGUCAGCACCGUGCAGAGAUGGAUCAGAUGCAAACUCGCAUUCUUCAUGAGCAGCAAAACCUUACCAGUCAAUUGCUGGGUGUUUUUUCUCAGUGGACUGGUCAUCCAACAGGGCUUUCAGACCAUACUGGUGCCAGCAACCAUUAUCUUUCUCAGAUGAUGCAGAAUUUGCACCAUGUGAAUGGCAUGGUUCAUGGGGAUGCAAGGGUUGAUGGAGAUAAUCAAGAUGACCAAUUUAUUGUGGAUGGAUGAUUAUCAUGUCUGCAGCAUCAUAAUCUGCUACAACAGACAGCAAAUUGUGCAUGAAUGUUGUAGAGAUGGAGUGCAAAGUUCAGGAAUUGUCAAUUCCAUUUUACUUUGUACUCUGAAUUAAAUUGCUGCCAUACCAAUUUAUUUAGUUUGAAACAAUAGCCAAUAAGGGCUGUAAAUUUCUAUCUUUUCCUCUCUCUUCUUUCUUUAUUGUACCAGUAUUUGUCAUAUAUAAAUUAAAUCAUAUUGGAAAUU